AUGAAGUUGACGCCAGCCAUAGUGGCAAGAUCCAAGUGUGCUGCAGAGGCGCAGUUUCGGGUCAUGAUUGAGUGCGUAGCAACAGAUGUGGCGACAAUGAUGGUGAAUGUCACAGAGAUGCAAGGCCAGGUGGAGAGGGCAUCAGGUACCCGACUGGACAGCAGUAACAGCCCUGCAACAGGUGUAAAGACAGCACUGCACAAGCUGGUAACAAAGUAUGCUGGUGGAGAGGUUGCUGAGAGGCUCUUGGGUGUCCCGACCAAGUCACGUAGGAAGUCUGGGAUGUCUUCCAGCCGUCCACCUACAUCUGGGAGCGGCACCAAUCCCCAGCAAGCUUCCAGAUUCAGUCCUCUCAGGCCCAGGGCUGGCAUGCAACAGCCCUCCAGUAGGGCAUCGUCAAUGAGCAGCAGGCAGAGCUCAGGACAGUUGCAACAAACAGGCCGUGCCAUUAGCACUCAAGGCUCACAGCCUCAAUGGCAGAGCAGCUCGGGGCUUAGCCCUCAGCGCUCACACCCUCAGACACUGAGUACCUCAGGAUUGAGUGCACAGAGCUCUCAACUUGGAGGCAACUCAGUGCUCAGUCCCCACAGCUCACCUCAGUGGCAAAGCAACUCAAUUUACAGUCCUCACAGCUCACUGACGCAGCAGCAAAGCAACUCAGCAUUCCGGCCUCAGAGUUUGGCAAGUCAGCAGCAGAAUGAUGCAGCUGAGCAGCAAGUCUCAAUUCCAGGUGUCACACUCACAUCUUCACCUAGAUUCCCUGUUCAGGGCACCACUGAAGAUGGAACAGUGUCUGGCUCACAUGCUGACCUGGCCCCAGAGGGCACUUUGCAGCAGCCCUUGCAACAUUCUCAGGAACCGUCCCAAAUCACAUUCUCAUCUCAGCCUCGGCUGCAGGUGCAGCUGCCCUCACACUCAGGUAGCAAUCAGACCCUAGGGUCUGUCCAGGGUGCAGUGCCAAACCCUGAGGACAAUAUGAAACAGCCCGAGGGCUCUUUUGCACCCUCGUUGGGGCAGCAGGCUUCAACAGCUUCUCAGCAGGCGUCCACCAGCAUGCCGCAGAACGCGGCAGGAAUCUCAGGGCACCAGGGCCGUCUGCAGCAGCCCCGAACCUCAAGCGGCAUGCAGAGACAGGGCUGGUUCCAAGAUGAGCUGUGUGAUGAUGCCCAGGACCCUAACCUGCACAAUCCUAGGGAUCCUGACUUUGAGCGCAGAAAUUCGGGGGCUCUGGCUUCCCCUUCUUCGCCCUCCUCGCCAUUUGACUUGGCUCGCAUGGGCGGGCAGGUCGACGCUGAGCUGCAGGCUCAAGAAGAGGAGCGGGAACAGCUGAGGCAUGAGCGCAUGCGCAGGGCCGAUCGAGCUGCAGCUGCUGCCCGUGCUGCUGUCAAGGCGGAUUUCAAGGCACAAGAGGAUGCCGACAGCGCAAGCAAGAUUGACCCCAAGCAUGCUCUGAUCACCCUGGUGGCGGGUCUCACAGUGCGCUACUACCUCUUGGACAUCAUCAAGGUCAUGGUCAUCCUGGCCAUCCUGCUCGCCGAUGCCUCCUUUGUCACUGCUCUCUUUGCUAGGCGGCAUCUCAGUUUGGAGCUGUCGUUGGCAAUUGUCUUCUUCACCAACAUUGUGCUGUCCCUGGCAGCUCUGGUGUACAUUGUGACGGGGAUCAACACAGACAUUUUCACAUGGGCCAAAGAGUACAUGGUCAGUCUGAAGGAUGAUGACAGUGCUGUCAACACCAAGAAAGACAGCACCUUGUCUAAGCUAGCAGCCAUGGAGGGGGCCGUGCCCAAGCAGCUGCAGCCCGCCUUCAAGAAAGUCAUGCUGAAGCUGCAACAGGUUGGCAAGAAAAGCAAGGGCAAGGAUGAUGACAGCCUUGAGGAUGGCAUGGAGCGCAGGUCACACAGUCAGUACGGGGAGUAUGAUGACGAUGAUGGCUCAGAACAGCCCUCCACUCCUAGAGGGCGCGUGGGUGGAGGCAAAAGUAGGGUGCAGUUUGCAAGGCGGUCUAGCAGGGGUGUCAGGCAGGCAGGGGAGUCAAGGAGGAAGGCCCAGGCAUCCAAAGACAAAGACAAGGGGGAGCCUCAAGACUACAUGAGCAGAGCCAAGCAGCUGUGGAAUGUUGUUGGGAAGUUCACAGGACUGGAGACAAUGGGCGGUAGUGACCAAAGCAGCCAAGAUUUGACGCCUGCAUCAGGCCACAGCAGGUCCUUUGGAGGGCAGUGGGGCAUGAACAGCACCAGAUCGUUCAAGCCUGGCCUUGCCAGAUCUAGGCUGGGCCGAGGGGCCGGCCCUUCAGGAGUGGCUGAUGACUACAAGUCAGCUGCUCUGCUGUCAAGGGCAGAAGAAGGUGACAGCAAUGCCCUGCACCCACAGCGCAUCCCCAGUCAUGCCAGUCCUGUUGUCAGGGAUGCAGACAGCAGAAAUUGGGCACGCACAGACAGACCUGGCAGUGCAGUGGCUGCCAAAAGAGCUGGAGAGUAUGAAGGGCUUGUAUGA